AUGGGCGUUGGUCCACCAAGCUGGAUUCUGUGCACAGAAUUGGUUGCGCAACGUAAUCGUUCACUGGUCCAGUCGCUGUGUUAUACACUAAAUGCAGCGGUUGUCGCGAUCACCACAUUCACGAUUCUUCCACUCUACGAUGCAAUCGGCAAUUCUGCGUUCCUGGUACUGUAUGCUGUUCCAUCGGUCGCCUCUAUUCUCUUCCUUUACCGUUACUUACCGGAGACCAAAGGACGUGAAAUUUAUGCCAUUGUUGCGGAUCUCAAAACCUGCUCAUCCGAAUGA